GAGUAUUCUCCCUCGUCUGGAUUUCUGUUCCUCACCACCACCACCACCACCACCACCAUGACAGAAUGCAAAGCCCUAUCAACCCCUAACACCAUGUGGGACUUCUGCCCCUCCGUCGCCGCCGCCUACCUCUUCACCAUCCUCUUCGCCCUCACCACCCUCGCCCACCUCGCCCAAGCCAUCAUCUACCGCAAGCCCUACUGCUGGGUCAUCACCGUCUCCGGCCUCAUCCAAACCGUCACUUACAUCUUCCGCGUGCUCAGCAUCCUCAACCCCGCCAGCUACACCGACUACGCCGCCUGGUUCGUGCUCAUCCUCGUCGCCCCGCUGUGGACCAACGCCUUCGUGUACAUGGUCAUGGGUCGCAUGGUGUGGAAUUUCACCGAUGACGCACGCGUCCUGAAGGUUAGGCCCUGGCAUUUCGGGCUAUUCUUUGUGGUUUUGGAUGUUAUUGCAUUCAUCAUCCAAGUCUACGGCGCCGCCCAAGCGGCGGGCAACAACGUCGCGUAUAGCGUGGAGAUGACCGGUCUGCACAUCUACAUGGGUGGUGUGGGCGUGCAGCAGCUCUUCGUCCUGGUUUUCGUGGUGUGUGCCGUUCUUUUCAACCGCAAGAUUCGCUUGCAGAGACGUUCGGAUGCCACGCAGGCCCUGCUCCUGCUUUAUGUGCUUUAUGUCUGUUUGGCGCUGAUUACGAUGCGAAUCAUCUUCCGCCUCUGCGAAUACGCCCAAGGUCUCGAUAGCUCGAUCCCCCAACACGAAGCAUACCAGUACUGUCUCGACUCGCUGCCCAUGCUGUUAGCGCUGGUGCUGCUCAACGUCGUGCACCCGGGGCGCGUCAUGCCGGGCCCGGAGAGCGAUAUGCCGAGUCGCAAGAUGCGGAAAAGAAUGGGGGUGAAGGAUAUUACCAAGGCGAGGGUGCUGGGGAGUGGGAGUGGGAGUGGGAACGAUGAGAUGGUUCGUUUGCAAGAUUGUUAG